AUGUCCGCAAUCUUCGCGCCUGCCCCAGAGCCCUCCACCGAGCUGGGUCGCUACCGCGUCCUAUCUUCAACCGCGGGCAUCCGCGUGUCGCCACUGCAACUGGGUGCUAUGUCCAUCGGGGAUUCAUGGUCUGGCUUUAUGGGAUCCAUGGACAAAGAGUCCUCCUUCAAGCUGUUGGAUGCCUUCGUCGAAGCCGGAGGCAAUUUCAUCGACACUGCCAACAACUACCAAAACGAGCAAUCGGAAGCUUGGCUAGGCGAAUGGAUGACUUCCCGGAAGAAUCGUGAUCAACUCGUCAUUGCGACCAAAUUCACUACGGACUACAAGUCGUAUGCACUUGGAAAGGGCAACGCACCGAACCACUGCGGUAACCACCGCCGCAGUCUACACAUGAGUGUGCGUGACUCCCUGCGCAAGCUCCAAACGGACUGGAUCGAUAUUCUAUACCUUCACUGGUGGGAUCAUACCACCUCUAUCGAGGAAAUCAUGGACAGCCUUCACAUUUUGGUGGAACAGGGCAAAGUACUCUACCUAGGAAUCUCGGAUUCCCCUGCGUGGGUUGUGAGUGCCGCCAACACUUACGCUCGGGCUCAUGGUAAGACCCCCUUCACUAUCUACCAAGGCCGGUGGAAUGUGAUGAUACGUGAUUUCGAACGUGAGAUUAUCCCUAUGGCGCGUCAUUUUGGGAUGGCUCUAGCCCCUUGGGAUGUCCUCGGCGGGGGCAGGUUCCAGACCAAGAAGGCACUAGAGGAGCGGAAGAAGAAGAAUGAAGGAUUGAGAAGCUUCACUGGAGCAGGCGAGCAGAUCGAGGAUGAAGUGAAAAUGAGUGAAGCACUGGCCAAGGUUGCAUCAGAGCAUGGCAUUGAAUCUGUAACGGCUGUUGCUUUGGCCUAUGUCAUGCACAAAGCAACUAAUGUCUUCCCACUGAUCAAGUUGACGCCGGAGCAAAUUGAAUACCUCGAGAGUGUCCAGCCACUGGAUGUCGGAUUCCCCAACAACUUCAUUGGACCCGACCCGAAGGUGACGGGCCGUGCAACUGGAUUGCUGGCAGCAAACGCCCAGCUAGCCUUUGUGCCGGCAUCCAAGCCUAUCACCCCGCCAUAA